AUGGCCGGCGCCGGCGGCGAGGAGUGGAUUUACGUGCUCUCGCAGCAGGAGGAGGCGAUGGACGAUGCGGAGGCAGAGCAGGCCGUCGCCGCCACCGCUGCAGGAGAGGAGAACAAUAAGCCAUCCAAGAACCCGGAUGACGCCGGCGAGACCGCCGCUGCCGGGGAGGAGGAGGAGCAGAAGGAGAGCAACGACGACGACGAGGAGGAGGCCAGUGCGCAGCCGUCGGAGCCGGACAAUAAAGCAGCGCAGUCGUCGUCUCAGCAAGACGGUGGCGGCGCGCAGUCGUUGGACGACGAAGAGGAAGAGUACCCGGACUACUACACCCCGGAAGACAGAGAAAUCGAGAAGGAGUACCGGGCCAACAUCGCGGCUUUCGAUCGCGCCGCCAAGAUCAGCGACGGCGACGGGGCCGCCGCCGCCUCUGGUAAUACAGGCGGCCGGCAGGGCCGUGUCAUGGAGAACCCCUACUACGACCACUACAACAGCAACUACGACUACACGUACGCCGAGCCGGCGUACCCGUACUACCGCGGAUACGGCGGCGGCUCGGGCCCAGGUUCUCUCGGUCUCGGCUCCGGUUACGACUACAGGUACUACUACGACAGGUACGGCUACGGCUUCCCCGGCUCGUACGGCCCCGCUACAGGAUCCGGCUACAAUGGCUACUACUACGGCGAGCCGUACGCGUACCCGUACGUGCCGGGAUACAAGACGGCGGUGUACCAGGCGGCGCCACCUGCCUUCAGCUCCAGCUUCUACCCGGUGGGGCCGCCUCUGCGGCCGUACGUGUACCUGACCCCCGUGCCCGCGUACGUGCCGUCGGUCCGCCCCGAUUUCAGCCGCUACUCUGCGCGUGCCGACGAGCCGUCCCCGCCGGCCGUGGCUCCGACGACGCAGCCGCCGGAGCCCUCUUGGGAUUAG